AUGGCCGACGUCGCAGCCUCCCCCGCCACACAGACGGCUGCCGCCGACAAAGCUGCUGCAUCGCAGACCAAGCAGCAGAUUGUCAAGCCCGAAAAGCCCGACGAGGACAAAUACAAGGAGGAACUUGCCAAGGCAGAGAAGGAGCAUGCUGCUGCUCAAGAACAGCUGAACGCCUGCAGGGCUAAACUCGACCUCGCCAAGCCCAACAACAAGGACUCGCCCAACGCAAAGCGCCAGCAGGAGCUCAAGACCGAGCUCAACGCCAUCCGCCAGGCACAGCAGGGCAACAAGUCUGGUCGCAAUGCCGUCUUCGAGAAGAUCAAGAAGCUCGACGAACAGCUCAAGUCACGGGUGGCCGAGCUCAAGACAGCAAAGGCCAAAGUCAACUUCAAGUCGGCUGAAGAGGUCGAUCAGGAAAUCGCCCGUCUGCAGAAGCAGGUUGACGGCGGCAUGAUGAAGCUCGUGGACGAGAAGAAGGCCCUCUCUGACAUCACCAACCUCAACAAGGCUCGCAAGAACUUUUCCCAAUUCGACUCGCAACAAAAGGCCAUCGAUGACAUCAAGGCCCAGAUCGCCGAGCAGAAGAAGCUGUUGGACGACCCCGAGAACAAGGCUCUCAGCGAAAAGUACACCAAGCUUCAGACCGAGCUGGACGCACUAAAGGCUGAGCAGGACGAGGCCUUCAAGGGCCUGAAGGCUCUCCGUGAGCAGACCGACAAGGCACGUGCUGAGCAGCAAGAAAAGUAUCUUGCGCGCAAAGAGCUCAAGGACAACUACUACCAGCAAAAGCGUGCCUUCCAGAACUACGAGUUCGAGGCUCGCAAGAUCCGCAACGAGAAGCGUCGUCAAGAGCAAAUCGCAUACACGGCCAACAAGCGCAAGGAGAUUGCCAACAAGCGUCUCGAAGAGGCCAGCGCACCCGCUUACCAGGACGAAAUCAUCGCGACUGAGGGUCUCAUCCGACACUUCGACCCUUCGGCCCUACCAGCAAAGGAGACCACGACAGCCAGCAAAUUCGCUGCGUCUGCUCAGCGUACUGUCGACGACGCCGGUCUCAAGGGCACCCGUGUCUCGAAGAAGGAUGCUGAAGAAGAGGUCUACUUCGCUGGUACGGGUGGCAAGAAGGGAAAAAAGGGCAAAAAGGGCGGUGCGGCUCCUUCCAAAUUCAACCUCAACAUGGGCAUCAUCGAGGAAUUGACAAAGGUGGGCGUUCCUGCUCCCUCGAGUCAAGAGGAUAUCCCAGCCACUGUAGAACAACUCAAGGCCAAACUUGCGCACUGGAAAGAGGACCAAGACCGCAAGACCAAGGAGAACAUCGCAAAGGCACAAAAGGAAAUUGAGCGUCUCGAGGCCGAAGAGGACGAAGCGACCAAUGGUACUACUGACACGGCGCGUAAGCCUGCUCAGAAGAACCAGGGUGUCAAUGGCUCCGCAUCCGCAGAGGCAGAACUUGCCCGAGAGAAGGAUGCUGCUGCCGAUGCUGCCGACGACCUGAAGAAGGCAUCUUUGGAGGACAAGGAAGAGACGUCCGAGGCAUAG